CUGAGUGCAUAGCAGUAGCGUCACAAUUCAAUCAAGCUGCCUCUUGACAUUGUAACUGAUUUCCGCAGGAGAUCAUCACUCACGCACGUAGCAGUAGAAUGGAGAUCACGGCGGCGAUGGUAAAGCCCGUCUACUCCACCCCGCACCCGCUCGCCGGCGAGAAGGUCCCGCUGACCGUCUUCGACCGCGCCGCCUCAGACCUCUUCGUGCCCACCGUGUUCGCCUACCCAGCGCCGGCGCCGUCCAACGAGGCGCUCAAGGAGGGCCUCCGCAAGGCCUUAGCACCGUACCCUCACCUCGCGGGCCGCCUCGCCGUCGACGACAGGGGCCGCCGGUUCGUCCAUGUCAACGACGAGGGCGUGCUUGUUGUCGAAGCUGCCCUAUCGGCCGACCUGUCCGACGUGAUCUCCAACGGCAUGCCCGCCGGAAACGUCGACAAGCUGUACCCGACGCUCCCAGAGGAGAACGUUGGGGCGGCUCUGCUGCAGAUCAAGCUCAACCGCUGCAGGUGCGGCGGCCUCGUGAUCGGCAUCAUCUGCCACCACCACGUCGCCGACGGCCACUCCAUGAGCACCUUCUUCACCACGUGGGCGAGCGCGGUGCGCGCGGGCAAGGACUUCACCUUCCCAUCGCCACCCUUCCUCGACCGAGCGGCGACCGCUGUUCCCCGCGGAACGCCGGCGCCGGUUCUCGAUCACUGGUCCAUCGAGUUCAACAGAAGUGGUGACGGCCGCAGCUCCAGGCAAUACGCCGUCGUGCCCAUGGAAAAGAUCAAGAACCUCACCGUGCACUUCACGCCCGACUUCGUCGCUGAGCUCAAAGCGCGCGUCGGCGUCCGGUGCAGCACGUUCCAGUGCCUCCUCGCGCACGUGUGGAAGAAGAUCACGGCGGCGCGGGGCCUCGAGCCGGAGGAGUUCACCCAGCUGAGGGUGUCGGUGAACUGCAGGAGCAGGGCCGACCCCGCCGUGCCAAUGGACUUCUUCGGCAACAUGGUGCUGUGGGCGUUCCCGAGGCUCCAGGUCAGGGACCUCCUCAACUCGAGCUAUGGCCGCGUGGUCCACGCGAUUCGCGACGCCGUGGCGCGCAUCGACGGCGAGUACAUCCAGUCCUUCGUCGACUUCGGGGCCGUGGCGGACGCAAGCGGCGAGGAGCUCGUUGAGACGGCGGCCACGGCCGGCACGAUGCUGUGCCCGGACCUGGAGAUGGACAGCUGGCUGAGGUUCCAGUUCCACCAGAUGGACCUCGGCAGUGGGCCGCCGUGCGCGUUCCUGCCGCCGGACCUGCCCAUCGAGGGGCUGGUGCUCUUCGUGCCGUCCCGCGCAACGAAGGGCGGCGUUGACCUGUUCAUGGCCGUCGCGGAUUGCCAUGCCGAGGCGUUCGAGCAGAUCUGCCACUCGGUCGAUUGAUCAAACGGCUGAUUGUGAUGACAAAUCGUGAUUUGCUAUAUAAACGGAGUUAUUUAAAAGGAUCCGGCUAAUGCGCA